GACCCAGGGAGGUCAUAGGCAAUUGCUAUAUUUACCAGCUCGGUAAUAUGAUCUCUAACAUUCUGGAUCACUCUGCUCAUGCAAUCCUUCCCUGGUCCUCUCACUCUGGAGUUACAGCCUCCAAAGCAACACGCUGUCCAUGGAAAAUGCUACUGGUUUGAACAUUGAAUGGUGUAUGUGAGGUAUAAUGAACUGCCACCUCUGUUUUUCCAUCUGCUAGAACCGAGAACGGCUCUACUUACAAGUCCAUGCAGCCUGAAAUCGCCUCACGUCCAGCUGAGCUCCCAGCAUGUCUCGUGUCUCCUCUACGGCGAAGCGCUAUGGCGGCUCUUCUUAUACCAGUCACUACAGCUCAUAUGGCUCCUCCCUGACUCCAUCGCUGAGCUCCUAUGAUCGGGACAAGCUGCCCUAUAAGAGCUCCUCCUCAGGCUACUCCUCCUCAAGCUACCUGAGCUCAAGCGCCACCCGCUCCCGCAACUACAGCUCUUCAUCCGAUCCAGACCGGGGUCGGCCUAUCCCUCGUACCGAUUUGCUGGGCAGCCGGCGCAGCGAGAGCCUGAGCCGCACACCGGCUAAGGGCUAUGGCUCGGGCCUCAAUGGAGGCUCGGGAUACAGCAGCUACAGCUACUCUCCGGCCCCCACCAGCUACCUCUCCACCUCACCCGUGUCCUCCAGCAUCUCCCUCAGUCGCAGGAAGUCAGUGAGUCAGAGCGAUCUGACGCACAAUCUAUCAGCUCUGGGCCUGAGCGAGACGUCCAGCGGCAGUGGCCUGAAGCAGUCCUACCUGAGCCGAGGCACUGACGUAUCUGACUCCUACGGUAGCGCUCGCUCCAGCUACGGCCUCUCACGGAGCUCCACGCAGGACGGCCUGAAGAGCAGCAGCAGCAGCAGAUUCUCCUCCAGCUGUCGCUCCAUUUCACCAGUUAGAGAGUCCUCGUGCGAGAACAUCCAUAGUAGCUGUUUCUUAAAGUUUGUGUUUAUACACCACAGAAGGAUUUUAUUGAUUAUGCCCAGCAUGCGACAUUCAUAUUCAGUUACAAUACCAGAGGAGCCACCUGCGACUGCGUUCCCCCUUCUCAAACAGGACAUGCGGAGGAAAAACUCUAUGUCCGGCUCCAUGCUGGUCUCCACAUUCGUUGGACUUCUGAUUAAUCAUGCCAAGAACUCAAAGAGUGCCCAAGGCCUGGUGGGGCUUCGUAAUCUGGGAAACACGUGUUUUAUGAACUCCAUCCUCCAGUGUCUUAGCAACACACAGAGCCUGCGAGACUACUGUCUUCACAACUCCCACCGCCGAGACCUCAACAACAACAGCCGCACAAACACUGCUCUCAUGGAAGAGUUUGCCAAGCUUAUCCAGACAAUGUGGACUUCUUCAAGCAGUGAAGCCGUCAGUCCCUCUGAGUUCAAAACACAGAUUCAGAGAUACGCCCCCAGAUUUGUGGGCUACAAUCAACAGGAUGCUCAGGAGUUUCUACGUUUCCUGCUAGACGGCCUGCACAACGAAGUGAACAGGGUCACAGUCCGGCCUCGGGGAAACAUGGAAGACUUUGAUCACUUGCCUGAUGAGGAAAAAGGGAAAAACAAAAUCGUAGAUCUGUUCGUAGGCCAGCUGAAGAGCUCUUUGACCUGCAGUGAAUGUGGCUAUUGUUCCACUGUGUUCGAUCCCUUCUGGGAUCUUUCCUUACCUAUCGCCAAGAGGGGCUAUGGAGAGGUGAGCCUAAUGGACUGCAUGCGGCUGUUUACUAAAGAAGACGUGCUGGAUGGGGACGAGAAGCCGACAUGUUACAGGUGCAAAGCAAGAAGACGAUGUACAAAGAAAUUUACAGUUCAGAAGUUUCCUAAAAUACUAGUUCUUCAUCUGAAGCGCUUCUCUGAAGCCCGCGUCAGAACCAGCAAACUGUCCACUUUUGUCAACUUCCCAAUGAAAGACCUGGACCUCAGGGAGUUCGCCUCUGACAGAAGCAGUAGUGCAGUAUAUAACUUGUAUGCAGUGUCCAAUCACUCAGGCACAACUAUGGGAGGCCACUACACAGCGUACUGUUGCAAUCCUAAAAACGGUGAAUGGUACACAUAUAACGACUCCAGAGUCACGCCAAUGUCCGCCAGCCAAGUUCGCAGCAGUGACGCCUACGUGUUGUUCUACGAGCGGGCGGGGCUCUGAAGACAGACUGUGGACUCGAAGCCUUUGGGCUGAAGACACAUUACACACUAUGCUGCUUCCUCUGGGCCGUAAUGCAGAAUGAACAUCGCUCUCUGCUGGCCACCAGGAGAAGUGCACAAAAUGCCCUCUCAUACUCCACCACUGUGUUAAAGAGGUCCUUGCGCCUCUGUGUGUACGUGUGUGUCAGGGCAGCUCGUCAUCAGGCAAUAACCCAAGUGGCUCUGACUCAGACGUCUCUCUAUGCACUGCAACCAAACUCUCAUCCCAAUGCGCCUUCCUCUUGAUCAAGAACGCCUCAAUAUUAAAAACUUUGUUUCACUUGAUUUUCACUGGAUUUUCUUCAUGAUAUUUUUUAAGUAUAUGUCCUUCCAGAUAUCCUGGGAGAUGAACCGGUUACAGAAGUGCACUGUUCAGGCCUGUUACAGUACACCUUGUUCUUUUCAUCACCUCUUCCACCAUCUUUUGUCCCGUUUACCCCCACCCAUCAUCUUUUCUGUGUAUGCUUUGUUCUCUCAUCAACUUUCUGAGGGAGUCACGGGAGUUUGUUGUGAAAGUCUGUGGUGGUGAGAGAACGGCGUGUUGCGUGACUUUUAUUCAGUGUGGCUGCUACUGAUCUUUGAAAUGCUGUGAAUGGAAAAGUGGUCGGAAGGAUACGAGGAUGGGAAGAGAGAUGAUGCUGACAGUAUAUGGAUCCUUGAUCUCAUGCCAUUGAACAACAUGGAAAGAAUGUUUUGCAAAAGAAAAUCUGUAUAUUUUUAUAUAUGAUGCAAUAUAGAGAAUGUACUAUAUACAGUGGUGCUGAAAAUAACCCAUUACUGUUGUCAGUUAAUUUAACAGAGGUAAGAGAACGGCAUCUAUUUAUGCUUACAGGUCAGGAGACAAUUUGAUACGAGUCACACAAUGGCAGUCAAAGUAAAAAUAUAUACGCAUGAAUAAAUUUUAGAAGAAUGAACUGUUACAAUCCUUUGUGUUUUGUCAGCUGUCAUAUGAAUGAAAAGAUUACAAAAUAGGGCUUGACAAAUUAGUGUUUUUUUUCUACCAAAUAUUA